GGGACUGUGAGAAAGUGCAGUGGGACCCAGACUCACACAUUCAUAUGGAGAUGUGGGACUAUAAAUAGGAGGGAUGGAGCCAGCAGAGAGCAGAUCCAGCCAUGGCUCCUACCAUCACUGCACAGGAGCAUCUGACUCUGAGCCACAAGGUCAGAAAGCCUCUGGUGGAGAAGUUACGCAGAGAGCGAAUCAACAGCAGCAUCGAGCAGCUCAAGUGUCUCCUGGCUCCAGAGUUGGUCCAACAGCAGCCAGACUCCAAGCUGGAGAAAGCAGACGUCCUGGAGAUGACAGUUUGCUUCCUGACACGGCUGCAGCAGAGAAGACCGAUGAAGACCUGGGACCAGCUGCAGUCGGACUUCUCUCCUCUGAGCUCCACGCUCCAGGCUCCAGUCCACAGCGCCCCCUGGAGGCCGUGGUCCACUCACUGGCAGACGCAGGGAGACGGAGACUGGAAGUGACUUGUUCUUCUGAACCAACACAAGAACGUAUUUGUGUGUCGGACAUUUCCUGAGGAAACGACAGCAACGAUAUCUUUCACCUUCAGAAAGAAAACAUCUGGUCCUCUGAUGGAUCGGCGCUUAUUAUUAUAUGAUGAUGUGACAACAUGCGUUCUCUUCUGAUCACUGUUGAUCUUUGUCAUGGAAACAUGUGGAAAUGUCCUUUUUAUGGACCUAACUCAAAACUGAUCUGUUGUCAGAUUCUGAUAUUCUGGAUCAUGUUGAUCCAACACUUUGUUCUUUUGUGACAUUUUGUCUCCGUGGACUUUGUGUCACUGUGUGAUGAUGAAACUGAUCUGAUGUCAGAUCCAAAUCCAUUGUUUUCUUUUGGAAAACGUUUUCUCGUGAUACAUUUGUGUUUCAUGUGUUUGUUGAACAUGACACAAAUAUGAUGAAAAGUAUUGAUCAUGUUGAUCACAAUCUUGAAUUGUUCUUUUAUGGACAUUUUGUCUCCGUGGACUUUGUGUCACUGUGUGAUGAUGAAAACUGAUCUGUUGUCAGAUCAAUGUGUUGAUUCUUUUCCACGUUCAGAUAGAAAACAUCUGGUCCUGCAUGUUGCAGGAAUUAUGAUCUGAUCAGAUUUGAUCACUGAAGCUUUUUAACUCUUUGUUUACAUUUUGUGAAAACUGAUUUUAAUCUGGUGGAUUAGUGGAGUUUGAUCUGUUGUCAGAUCACUGUGAGAAGUUUGGUUUGAUAUGAAACUGUUGUGUUUUCAUUUGUGAAGACUAAUGUAUGGACAGGUUAUUAACCUUCUGUCUGAAAACAUAUCUGAUCUGUUUCAAGGUCCGUUUUUAAUGUUUUGAUUCUUUUUUCUGUGAAGAACAAAAUUUGUGUGAAACCAAAAUAUGAUGGAGAAGUUUGUUUCCUCCAUUGAUUUGUCUUUUGUGAAGACAGCUGCUCCUUUAAUAAGUGUUAUUGUGACGUAUCAUCAUCAGACCUGUUUCAUACCUGAAUAAACAAAACAUUCUAAAAUCAAAAAUCAAA